AUGAAUGGACGAGGAGUCGGCGACAAUGGCGAAGGAACUUUGGUCCUGCUCCUCGUCGCAUUGACUCCUGUUAUCUGCUCCGCCGGAAUCCUGGACCCUUGGCAGUGGGCGCGCAGCGAUCGGAUCGAAGUCAACAUACCUUGGUUGCCUUUCGAAAACGAGACGCGCUGCUACGACGAGUUGGGCUGCCUAAACAUCACCAGGAGCUGGUACCACCUCAUUCAUCGACCUCUCAAUGUUUUCCCAUUACCGCGAGAAGUCAUUAAUACCAGAUUCAUCCUCUACACGAAUCAGAAUCCCCUGGACGUAAUACACUUAAUAAUGUCCCGUCAUUUUUUCCCCCAGGGUCAAAUACUAAAAGUGGCCAAGAAUAAAUCCAUCGAAAACUCGAACUUCAAUCCUAAGCGUCAAACCAAAUUCAUUAUACAUGGCUUUAUAGACACUCCGCUCAGCAACUGGGUCAAGGAAAUGAGGAGUGAGCUGUUGGUGCACGGUGAUUACAAUGUUAUCGUGGUCGACUGGGCUGGUGGGAGUCUACCUUUGUACACCCAAGCGACAGCGAACACGAGACUGGUUGGACUCGAAAUAGCUCAUCUCAUCAAGCAUUUACAAACAAACUACAGACUAGAUCCGAACGACGUGCAUUUAAUCGGGCACAGCCUCGGUGCUCACACGGCCGGUUAUGCGGGCGAGAAAUUGGGCGGCAAUAUUGGACGUAUCACCGGAUUGGACCCCGCGGAGCCAUACUUCCAAGGAAUGCCGAGCCAUCUUCGCCUAGAUUACACGGACGCCCGACUGGUAGACGUAAUUCACACCGAUGGAAAAAGCAUAUUUUUCUUAGGAUACGGGAUGAGCCAGCCUUGCGGGCACCUGGACUUCUAUCCGAACAAUGGCAAAGAACAGCCCGGCUGUACGGAUCUGAGCGAAACCACGCCGUCACUGCCGCUUACCCUAAUACGAGAGGGUCUCGAGGAGGCUUCGCGCGUCCUGGUCGCCUGCAACCACGUGCGCGCGCUCAAACUCUUCAUCGAAAGUAUCAACUCCAAGUGCCAGUACGUGGCGCACGAGUGCUCGAGCUAUGCGAGCUUCUUGCGAGGCGAGUGCUUCUCUUGCAAGAGCAACAACAGCCUGAGCUGUGGAGUGAUGGGUUAUCACGCGGACACCAGUCCUGCACUGGUAAAACGCCAAGCCAUGGGACAGGAUGUCUCCUCUUUGUUGGGCUCCAAAUUUUUCUUCAUGACGGGCAAGGAUGAUCCGUAUUGCAGAAGACAUUACAGAAUUACCAUUAACCUCGCCCGACCGCCGACCGCGGAAAGCUGGGUGCAGGGUUUCAUGAAAGUCACUCUCCAUGCCGACAAAGGCAUGAUACGCAACAUGGAUCUCACGCCCAGCGGUUACAUGAAACUGGAGCACGGAUCGACCGCGCGGAUGGUCGUUGCUCAUCCGACCGGUUCCAUCGGCAACAUCGGUAAGAUCCGACGGAUUGAGCUCUCCUGGGUCUACGACAUGGACGUGCUGCAGCCCAGAUCCCUGUGCUUCUUCUGGUGUAAUGAUCGCCUGUAUGUUAAUAGUGUCAAAGUCGAUGCUAUGGAUCUUCCGGGCAGAGGAAAACGUGAAGCGGAUUUCUCCAGCAAGCUCUGCUCGGUCGGCAAGCAGGAAUACGCGGAGAUCGCGAGCGGAUCCACCGCCACGUUCGUCGACAAUUGCUGACGAUCCGUUUCGCGGCGGGAAAUCGCAUUUUGGGCGCGUCAUAUAAUUACAAAACGCAGCUGCUACGAUCCAGAGGCGGUUCUCGAAAGUCGGACAAUGAUGAUGAUGAUGAUGAUGACGACGAUAAUGAUGAAACGAAACGAGAAUCGCAGUCCCUCGUAAUCCUCGUAAUUUCUUUCGCCGGCGAUAUAGCGACGAGAGAGACGGUUUUAUGCUCUCAGUCUCUAUUUAUCGCGACCGAUCUGCCGCUUUCUUCAAAUGUAACCCGACGGCACAAGCUACCAAUUAACACUUCCAUGGACGAGGCAAUCCGACGCAACUCGCCGCUUUACAAAGUCUAUAACCGAGUUCUUAGAAAUCCGUCCCGUCGGCGAAGAUUAGAUCCUAAUAAUGCGAUUGAAACGCGACCGAUUGCGAAAGCAGUUCGUAGGAAGUAAAAUUCUUAGCGAAUAGACAUCUAAAUGCGAAAUCGACCGAGCCGCGAGCGUGCUUCCAAUAGAAAAGUCUAACUUCUCGCUAUGCUUUUUUUCUUUUUGGUAACGAUUUCUUCAGUAUUAGUAUUGAUCAAUUUACUAUGUACAUGUUGUAUAUAACAGUAGACG